AUGGGGAAAGAAGUGCAGCUAAGGCCCAAGGUGAACGUCUCUUCGUACAUCCACUUUAUGCUGAAUUACAGGAGCAAAUUCAAGGAGCAACAGCCAAACACCUACCUCGGCUUUAAAGAGUUCUCUAGAAAGUGUUCAGAAAAAUGGAAAUCCAUCUCAAAGCAUGAAAAGGCAAAGUAUGAAGCCCUGGCCAAGCUUGACAAAGCCCGAUACCAGGAAGAAAUGAUGAAUUACAUGGGCAGGAGGAAGAGGAGGAGAAAGAAGGACCCACAGGCGCCUCGGCAGCCUCCAUCAUCUUUCCUGCUCUUCUCCCUGGAUAACUAUGCCCAGCUGAAGCUCGAGAACCCCAACUGGUCAGUGGUGCAGGUGGCCAAGGCCAUGGGGAAGAUGUGGUCCACAGUAUCGAAUGUGGAAAAGCAGCCGUAUGAGCAGAAGGCUGCACAGUUGCGAGCAAAGUACUUCGAGGAACUGGAGGCCUACCGCAAGCAAAGUCAGGGCAGGAAGAAGGAGGGCCGGAGGUCGGCCAGGACCAGUAUGAGAAAAUAA